AUGCUUCCCACGCCAGAUACUUCACAUGUGUCCUUUGACACCAUCUACGAGCCAUCCGAGGACUCAUACCUCUUCCUAGACACAUUGUCAUCAGCAUCCGAAUCAAAAUGGCUCUCUGAACGAUUCCCAAAGAAAGAGGCAUCACCACUAGUCGUCGAAGUAGGCACAGGCUCUGGCGUUGUGCUAGCUUUCACAGCCGCACAAUCUCAACAGAUCUUCGGCCGACGCGAUAUUCUCACACUAGGCACUGAUGUGAACCGCAAUGCUUGCAUCGCAACGCAGAAGACCGCAACGACAGCCAUCCAAGCAGAGCAACAGCCGUCUCCUCAAUCAGUUCACAUCUCUUCAUUGACAGCCGAUCUUUGUGCGCCUCUUCGCCCUGGCAGCGUUGAUGUCCUCCUCUUCAACCCACCCUAUGUUCCGACUGAGGAUCUACCGCGUCUGCCUUCUGCGGCGGAAAAUGACCCUGCUGUUUCAGAAGCCAUGUCUCGCUCUGCCAAGUUCGAUAAUGACUCGUACUUCUUGUCGUUGACGUACGCGGGCGGAGCGGAUGGUAUGGAAACUACGGAUAGACUGCUUGAUGCUAUUCCUGGGGUUCUGUCUGUGCGUGGUGUGGCUUAUGUCUUACUCUGCAAGCAGAAUCGGCCUGAUGAGGUUAUGGAGCGCAUUCGUGGCUGGGGUGGUUGGCAGGCUGAGGCGGCGGGGUCGAGUGGGAUGCAGGCUGGGUGGGAGAAAUUGGUUAUUGUGAGGAUAUGGAGAGAGGAUAGCUCAUGA